AUGAAGGUUCUAUCAGUACUCUGGACGAUAUGUUUGGUAAGACUGUGCCAUGGUCUAGGUUUUUUCUCAAGUUGUUGUGGAGGGGACGUUACAGAUGGUGAAACACUUGAUCUUGCUAAUCCCGAUUCGUCCAAAGUAGAUGUAGGGGAGGAAACGAGCAAUGGAAUAAGGUGGAAAGUAUUUACUCCCAAGAAUGAUGCAAAAUUUACCUCAUUCACAGAAGGAAGAGUAGAAAUAGCAAAGACAAACUGUGGGUUGAAAUGUCUAAAAAUCUCGUUGAAUUCACAGACUCCUCUCAUGAUAGUAGAACGUGUAGGCGCUUGUACACCUGCAAAGUACUUUGAGAAGGUUGAUGAAAAAUGGAAGGAGAUUAGUGAUCAUACUUUGUGCGGUAAACUGAAUGCAAUUAGCAAGAAUACAGGAAAAGCAAACGAGCCAGUAAAUACAGAGGGUAGUUCCAAUAAUAUAGAAGAUGAAUAG